ACAAGGAAUGUUAUUCAGAUUGCAGCGAAAUCAAUUUUGCAGCAUUUGGCGCCAUGCAAGAAGAGAAUAACGCAGCAGGACAGUUGCUUCAGAAGUUCAAAGGCGUUGUGCCUCAACAAAACGGGAACUGGGGUGCACAGAUAUAUGCAAACCACCAGAGAAUCUGGUUGGGGACUUUCAAAUCCGAAAGAGAGGCUGCAAUGGCUUAUGACAGCGCCAGCAUAAAACUCAGAAGCGGAGACAGCCACAGAAACUUUCCAUGGAACGAUCAAACGGUGCAAGAGCAUCAGUUUCAAAGCCAUUACAGCACAGAAACAAUGCUGAGCAUGAUUAGAGAUGGGACCUACCCAUCACGCUUUGCCACAUUUCUGAGCACUCGUCAAACCCAACAAGGUGGUGUUCCCAAGCACGUAACUUUGAAGGGUGAUUGCAAGGAGCAGCUUUGCUGCACCCAGCUUUUCCAGAAGGAGUUGACACCGAGUGAUGUGGGGAAGCUCAACAGGCUUGUCAUCCCGAAAAAGCAUGCAGUCACAUAUUUUCCUAACGUGUCUGACGGCGGUGCAGAAUCGCAUGAAGAAAACGUGAGUGGUGACGUUGAGGUUGCGUUUUACGACAGGCUGAUGAGACUGUGGAAAUUUCGAUACUGUUAUUGGAAGAGCAGCCAAAGUUACGUGUUCACAAGAGGAUGGAAUCGGUUUGUGAAAGACAAAAAACUGAAGGCUAAGGAUACCAUUGCGUUUUUCAUGUGCGAACCUGUGGAUUGCAGAAAAGGAGGAGAGGGAGAAGCUUUUGGAUUGAUUGAUGUAAUCUAUAAUUCAGAUGAUGAAGACACCAAAGAUGAAAACACUGUAAAGGAUUUGAAUGCAGAAAAGGGUUUGAAACUCUUUGGAGUUUUGAUCAAAUAG